AUGUCUACGACGGUUGUCCUCGGCGCCCAAUGGGGCGACGAAGGCAAGGGCAAACUCGCCGACAUCCUCGCCAACGAAUCCCAAUUAUGCUGCCGCGCUCAGGGUGGUAACAACGCCGGACACACUAUCGUCGCCAAUGGUGUCACAUACGACUUCCACAUCCUCCCAUCUGGCCUCGUCAACCCGAGCUGCAUUAACGUCAUCGGCAGCGGCUGCGUCGUCCAUGUUCCUAGCUUCUUCAAGGAGCUGGAGGCAUUGGACAAGCACGGCCUAGACACCAAGGACCGCAUAUACAUCUCCGACAGGGCACACGUCGUUUUCGACAUUCACCAGUUGGUUGAUGGCCUGGAGGAGGUCGAGCUCGGUGGUGGAAACAUUGGCACCACAAGGAAGGGCAUUGGCCCAGCAUACAGCUCCAAGAUGACCAGGAGCGGUCUCCGUAUGUGCGACCUCUUUGAUGAGAAGGUUUUCGAGCAGAAGCUCCGCCGUGUCGCAGCAGGCUACCAAAAGCGCUUUGGUGAUCUGCUCAAGUACGACGUCGAAGAGGAAAUCGCAAGGUACAAGGACCUCCGCGAGAAGGUUGCACCCUACGUUGUCGACCAAGUCCCCCUCCUCGCGUCCGCCAAGGAGAAGAACGCAAAGAUCCUGGUUGAGGGAGCCAACGCCCUUAUGCUCGACAUCGACUAUGGCACAUAUCCCUUCGUCACGUCCUCGAACACCGGUCUUGGAGGCGUCAUCACAGGUCUCACUCUGGGAUGGCGCUCGAUCAAGGAGGUCAUUGGUGUAGUGAAGGCAUACACGACCCGUGUCGGAUCUGGUCCCUUCCCCACAGAACAGCUGAACGAGUUCGGCGAGAAGCUCCAGAAGGUUGGUCACGAAGUUGGUGUCACCACUGGUCGCAAGCGUCGUUGCGGUUGGCUCGAUCUCGUUGUCCUCAAGCACUCGCACGCUUGCAACGACUACACCUCGCUCAACCUUACUAAGCUUGAUGUCCUCGACGACUUCGAGGAGCUCAAGAUCGCAACUUCUUACUCGCACAAGGGUCAGAAGCUCGAAGGCUUCCCCUCGAAUCCUGAUGUCCUGGCCGAGGUUGAGGUUCACUACGAGACUCUGCCUGGAUGGAAGAAGCCCACGACUGGUGCAAAGAGCUACUACGACCUACCCAGCCAAGCGAGGGAGUACAUCGAGUACAUUGAGAAGUUCGUUGGCGUCAAGGUCAAGUGGAUUGGUGUUGGACCUGCGCGUGAUCACAUGGUCGUCAGAUCGUGA